AAAGAUGAAGAGUAGGAUGAUGAUGAUAACAAAUAAAAGAGAUGCAUUUAUGAUGCAUGUGUUUACCAGUUUUGUACCCAAUAGACUUGCUCAUCCAGCUUUGAAAGGACCACGUCAUUGAUUACCUUGAAUCAAUACUGACAACAACAAGAACUCUGCUUUUCCUCUCCUUUUCAUCCUCAUCUUUUUUUAUCUCACUCUGAGUCCAACAACUGUUGAUACUUCAUCUAUACCAUGGAUUCAACACUCCAUGAGUAACACUCCAUUGGUAACUCUAUCCGUUAUCAAACCUAAAACCGUGUCCAACUUGCUUCAACUGUUCAAAUAACUGACCCAUUAAAAUGCCAUUAAACAUGCUUUAAUUUCAUCCAUUGACAAACAUCUUCAACUUUCCUUAUUCAUCUCUUUAUAAAUCACAAGUUAAUAAAUAAUUACAGAGCAUUUCCAAUAAUAAACUUGCUCUGAGUGAAAAGUUGACUCUUUUUUGUGUUAUCAAAUAUUGUCUCUCAACAUUGAAAUUACUCCUCAGUUUCAUCAAUCCCUGAGUUGUUCAUUGAAAUGCCUCCCUUUCAAACUGAUCCGUUGAUCAAGUUUUUAACUAAAAGAGUUGCUUUCCAAGAAACAUCUGAUAAAGAUUUAGAUUUAACUACGGAAGAUUCAAUUGAUUAUACUGUCUCACCUUUACCGUCAACUUUACCAACCCUGAUGACAGGUUCACCCUCAUCGACCUCAUCUUCAUUACCAUACUCGUCAUCUUCAUCAGCAUCAAUCCUGUCAACAAUAACUCAGUCAACUGAAGCAACAAUUGAUAACCUGUCAACCUUAAAUGUUAACAAGGUUAACUCAUUUUCAUCACCUUCAUCAUACUUUCCUUCACGAAUCUCAUCAUCUACACUUUCACCUUUCCAGUCAACAGUGAACAAGAUUAAUACUCCAAUUUACAGUGAUAAUAAUAAUGAUAAUGAUAAUAUGGUAAAGGGUAAAGAGUUUGUUGAGGACAUUUCAAGAUCGACUCACAUGCCAGUCUGGUCUGUCCUCUUUGUCCUAACCGUGAUUGCUGCUAUCUGUGGUUUAAUAUUUUACUGUUGCCUCCAUAAAUGGUGGAGACGAUGGCGAGCCGAUAAGGGUAAAGGUCUUAUCACUGGUAAAGUGGAUCUUAGGUCAGUCCAAUUGUUGGGACAAACUUACAAAGAAAAGGUUCAACCAGAUCAGGAAGAGUUGACGGCAAAUAUGGAGGAACAAGCUGAAGAUAAAGAUUCAACUAAAAGUGAAGUCAAGUUGGGUCGAUUGCAGUUUAAAAUUGAUUACGAUUUCAGUCAAAGCAAUCUUUCAAUAACUGUUAUCCAAGCUGAAGAGCUUCCAGGUUUGGAUUUGAGUGGAACCAGCGAUCCUUAUGUAAAGGUUUAUCUUCUUCCGGAUAAGAAGAAAAAAUUUGAGACAAAAGUUCAUCGGAAAACACUGAAUCCAGUUUUCAAUGAAACUUUCGUUUUUAAGGUAACUUAUUCAGAGAUAACAGUAAAAACUCUGGUAUUUGCUGUCUAUGAUUUUGACAGAUUCUCAAAACAUGAUCAAAUUGGUGAAGUACGAAUCCCAUUGAAUACAAUUGAUUUAGCUCAAACCAUUGAGGAAUGGCGUGACUUGACCAGUGUUGAAGGUGAACAAGGACAGCUCGGUGAUAUUUGCUUCUCACUUCGCUAUGUUCCAACUGCUGGUAAGCUUACUGUGGUCAUUUUGGAAGCUAAAAAUCUCAAAAAAAUGGACGUUGGUGGCCUUUCAGAUCCUUAUGUUAAAAUUGCAUUAAUGAUGAAUGGUAAACGGAUUAAGAAGAAGAAAACUUCCAUCAAAAAAUGUACUCUCAAUCCUUAUUACAAUGAAUCGUUUACCUUUGAAGUUCCCUUUGAGCAAAUACAAAAGGUUCAAACGGUAAUUACAGUUGUCGAUUAUGAUCGCAUCGGAACUUCAGAGCCAAUUGGAAAGGUUGUUCUAGGAUGUAAUGCCACUGGAACUGAGCUUCGUCAUUGGAUGGACAUGUUGGCCUCACCUAGACGACCCAUUGCUCAAUGGCAUUCCCUUAAAGAUCCAGAUGAUGUUGGUGAUAAAGGAUAACCAGUUUGGUCAAACAAAAUUGAUCUUUUGAUCGAUACAGCAACCUAAAGAAAAGAAAGUGAAAAAUUAUUUAAACCCGAAAAACCUGGAAAAACCAAAAAACCCAUUUUUCCUGACCAUUGAUAUUUCUUGUAUUUUACCUUUACCAUGAGACACACAUUUUAUUUCUCGGGAAUCUUUUUUAUCAUCUUUACCUUGAGUAUGAUUGUUAUAUGAAGAGCUAACAAAAUAGUGAGCAAAAAUUAUCUUCCAAGAGUUGAUUACUUCCAUUGUUAAAUGAGAUAUAAUUUUCGUUACAAUCAACCGUUGAUUGAGUCAACAUUAUUAUCAUAGUCCAUGUUGAUGUCAAUCUCAACUGAGAAAUGUAAAUUUUUUGGUUCAAGUUUCUCCUUAUUUUGCAAGGUUUGUGUGUGUUUACACAUUUAUGAGUUAAACCAUGUAAUCAGUUGGAUUAAAUUGUUUUACAUCAAAGACUCUUGGAAUUGCCUUGAAAUGAAUCAACAAUUUACUUGUUGACAAGAGUAAAACUGUUGAUUGUUGAUUAUU